AUGUCCUCGUCUGGUGAGCCCGCCUUUCCCCUCUCCCACCGCCACCUAGGUGACUUUGCUCUUUUGCGUUCCAGAAACACCGAAAAGCACCACUUCUGUUCCACCACCGGUGCCUACAGUCACCACACCUUCGACAACCAGACCGCCAAGCAGCACUCCGAAAACCACGCCAACCACGUCUCCCUCCACCACAUCCAGAACCACUGCGUCAACUCAGACGGCAACCACCAACACGCCAAAGACCACUGCAACAGCCUCCACAAUCUCCACACCACCCACCCCUACGCAUCAUCCCAAAAUCCUAACCACCACAACCCCCUCCACCACGACAGAAUCCACUGCGCCUAGCACACCAACCCCGA